AGUGGACCAUCUCAUUCCUCUUCCUAUAUACCCUCUGUCUGAUCAGUGUCUUAUACCACUUUCAUACUCGUCUUGAAUCGUAACCUCCGUCUUCUGUGUCUUUGUGAACAAGUCAAGAUGACCGCCAACGGUACUAGCAAACCCCUUGAAAUCCUCUUGAUCGGUCUCGGUUCGGUAGGAUCCGUCUAUGCUUAUUGUCUUGAGAAUGCUGGAAGAGCCCGCGUGACAGCUGUCGCACGGUCCAAUUACAAACUUUACACUACCACCGGUGUCACACUCAAAACUAACCAAUUCGGGACUAUCGAAAAUUGGCGUCCUUACAAAGUCGUCAAAUCUCAGGAAGAAGCUCUGGCCGGGGAUGUGAAAUAUGAUUAUUGUUUGAUCACUACGAAAUGUUUGCCUGAUGUCAAUCCGACAAGCAAGUUGGUCGAGCCGGUUAUAAACAGUGGAAAGGUCGGAGCUUUUGUCCUCGUUCAGAACGGUUUGGAUGUGGAAGUAGAUUUAUACGAAGCAGUUAAAGAAACGAAUAUUCCCAUCGUAUCAAGUUGUAUCUGGAUUGGAAUUAUGACUUCUCCUGAUGGUGGGAUCGUACAUUGGGGUGGUGGGGGGACAGCAGUUAUGGGAAUUUAUCCUCCUGCUGCAGUAAAUGAAAUCCCUAAUGAAACGAGCAAAUCCGCAUUGGAAAUUUGGUACGCUGCGACCGAAGGGACUGGUUUGGGUGCGAAAAUUGCGGACAAUAUAAAAUCUGUACGAUUCACAAAGAACAUUGGUAACGUAAUGUUCUCCUCCCUUCAAUCAUUGACACGUACCACUUCCGAAGUAUUUGAUCCACUCCCACCUUCCAUCCAAGCGCAUGUAAAAGCGUACAUGCACGAGAUAUUGGAAGUAGGGUUCAAAUCUGGGUUAUUGUACAAGGGAGCACCAUUUUGGCCCUCUGGAAAUCCCUUAGGAAGUUUAGACGAACUCGCAGAGUCUACUUGGGAUUUCAUAACACGAGCAGCGGCUGCUGUAGCCUCAGGUCAAACCACCCAUCGUAUGUCAAUGACGAUUGAUGUCGAUCUUGGUCGACCGAUAGAAGUAGAGGUCAUAGUCGGUAGUGUAUUACGCUUAGCUGAAGAAUACAAAGUUGAUACUCCUCGUCUUGGAUUGAUUUACGCUUUGUUAAAAGCUUUACAAGGGGAUUUAGUAUCAAAACAGAAAUCUAGAAUUGCAUGA